CAGAAGUACCUAGUAGUGUGAUCAAACGAUGCUCAGGGAAUGAUGAGCAUAAAGGUAUCGAGGCAUGAAUAUAAAUCAUUUAUUCAUUGAUACAAUAGGGAUGGAUUUUUUUUUUUCUUCAAUGGUUACAUUUGUACGCUAGUUUAUCAAUUCAUUUAAUAUCCUUUUUAUUCUGUCUUAAAUAGACCAAAUGAAAAACCAGCAUUCACUGUGUAUUUUAUGUGUGUAGCCACUUGUGUGAGGUAUCCUUGGGAUGACCCACGUUUUUCAGAGCUGCAGCUGAAGGAUGCGAGGUCCCACAUUGGCGGGGCAGGGACAUGGGCUAGGCCUGAGACAGAGGGAACAAACAGUACCAAUAACUGUUCUGCUUGCUGUUCAAAUAUCUCAAAAAUACUUUUUUCAAACCAACGGCUUGGCACUCUUUCUGURCCGCUGCUCGCAGCCUGGUGGCCUAAUCCUCAGUGGAAUGGAAGCGAGCUCAGGCUUUCUGCGGAAACGGCUGUGGGCUUAAAGCUCCCUGCCCCCACCGCCCCUCGCCCGCUUUGUCGCCGCUCAGUUGUCGCGGCGGUCCCCAGGGGCGCAGCGGGAGCGGGUCCUUUAGUGCUUCCCGGCGCGGCUCCGCUGCGGCUGCCGAGCUCAGGUCACUGUGACAUCCCAGCGCCACCGCUCCGCGCCCCCGGAGCCGCCCGGCAGCAGCGCCGCGUCCCCGCCGCAGAAGGAACGAGGCCGUCCGGGCAUCCUCGCAGCAUCAUGACUCUGCAGGCUGAYUUUGAUGGUGCUGCAGAAGAUGUAAAAAAAUUAAAAACAAGACCAACUGAUGAAGARCUGAAGGAGCUAUAUGGACUCUACAAACAGGCUACUGUUGGAGACAUUAAUAUUGAAUGUCCAGGAAUGCUAGAUUUGAAAGGCAAAGCCAAAUGGGAGGCAUGGAACCUGAAAAAAGGUUUAUCAAAGGAGGAUGCCAUGAAUGCCUAUAUCUCUAAAGCAAAAGCAAUGGUAGAAAAAUAUGGGAUCUAG